AAAACACUUGCUGUUGCUGUGUCACUUCCGGGUUGUAAUUGCUUACUUUUAGCACAUUCAUUUAGCGCGCCUGUCAACUGAUCGUUUGUGGGGUGAAGCGCCACAAUGGCUUCCUGUAGCUCAUAUCGGCUGAGUUGCUCCAUUCCGGGUCAUGAGAUGGAUGUCAGAGGGCUCGCAGCGACGUUUUUUCCACAUGGAGCUUUUGUUUCCGUGUCCAGAGACAGAACAGCCAAAGUCUGGGUGCCACAUUCGAGUGAGAACAGGGGCUACACAGAGAUGCACUGCAUGAACGGCCACAACAACUUCGUGUCCUGCGUGUGCAUCAUCGCCCCCAACGAGACGUACCCCCGCGGCCUCAUCGCCACCGGCGGCAACGACCACAACAUCUGCAUCUUCUCACUGGAUCGACCAGAUCCUCUCUUCACUCUAAAGGGCCAUAAAAACACAGUGUGUUCACUGUCAGCUGGGAAGUUCGGGACGUUGCUGAGUGGAUCAUGGGACACAACAGCCAAAGUCUGGCUUAGUGACAAGUGUAUGAUGACCUUACAGGGGCACACAGCAGCGGUGUGGGCGGUUGUCAUUUUGCCAGAGCAGGGUCUUAUGCUCACAGGAUCCGCUGACAAAACUGUUAAACUCUGGAAAGCAGGCCGUUGUGAAAGAACAUACUCAGGUCAUGAGGACUGUGUCCGAGGACUAGCUGUGCUGAACAACCUGGAGUUUUUCUCCUGUAGCAAUGACGCCAGCAUCAGACGAUGGAUGGUGUCAGGAGAAUGCGUUCAAGUCUAUUACAGUCACACCAACUACAUCUACAGUUUGGCUGUCUUCCCCAAUGGUCAAGACUUCGUAAGCACAGGAGAGGACAGGACGGUCCGUAUCUGGAAAAAUGGUGAAUGCGCUCAGACCAUCCGUCUGCCUGCCCAGUCAGUCUGGUGCUGCUGUGUGCUGCCCAAUGGAGACAUUGUUAUAGGGGCAAGCGACGGCAUGAUCCGAGUGUUUACUGAGAAUGAGGAACGUGUAGCGAGUGCUCAGGAUCUGCAAGCGUUCGAGGAAGAGCUCUCCAAAGCCACUAUUGACCCCAAGACUGGAGACCUGGGAGACAUCAAGAUAGAGGAGUUACCAGGCAGAGAACAUUUAAAUGAGCCAGGGAAUCGAGAUGGGCAGACACGGCUCAUAAAGGAAGGCACUAAUGUCGAGGCGUACCAGUGGAGCAUGAGUGACAGCCGCUGGGUGAAGAUUGGAGAUGUGGUGGGCGGCUCCUCCAAGCAGAACUCCAAGAGCGUAAUGUAUGAGGGCAAGGAGUAUGAUUUUGUUUUCACCAUUGAUAUAAAUGAGGGUGGGCCCUCCAUGAAGCUGCCCUAUAACGUGACUGAUGACCCCUGGCUGGCAGCACAUAACUUUCUGCAGAAGAAUGACCUGAACCCCAUGUUCCUGGACCAGGUGGCUAACUUCAUCAUCGAGAACACCAAGGGACACACGCUAGGCCCAGCACCAGCCACUGCUGUUGAUCCGUUUACAGGUGCAGGACGUUAUAUUCCAGGGUCACCAGACCCAAGACAAGGGUUUGGAACAGACCCCUUCACAGGUGCCGGGCGAUACAUACCCGGAUCAGGACCUGCACCUACAGCGUCUACAGGUGUGGCUGAUCCCUUCACAGGUGGCAGUGCCUACUCUUCUGCUGCUCUCCAGAAGUCCGUCACAAAUAUUUAUUUCCCCAAAACAGACGGAGUUAUGUUUGAGCAGGCCAAUGCUACACAGAUCCUUGCUAAGCUGCGGGAGCUGAAUGGCAAUGCUCCGGAGGACCGCAGGCUGAGCGAUGAGGUGUUGGGCAGUCUGGAGAAACUGCUGUUCACAGUCUCAGAUGCUAAGAGCCAAGAUCAGCCUACAGCUGAACAAAUCGGCAUCCUCUGGAGGACCAGCCACUGGCCUGAAGAUAUUGUCUUCCCCAUACUGGACAUUCUGCGUAUGGCUGUGCGCCACCCUGAGAUCAAUGCUCAGAUGUGUGGAGGAACAGAAGGUGCCAGUCUCUGUAACCACCUGCUGGGCCUCAUGUCUCCAGAGGGCCGGGCGGCCAAUCAAAUGCUGGCUUUGCGUAUAUUCUGUAACUGUUUCUCUGGAUCCCGUGGCCGCUCCCUGCUCCUGGGCCAGAGGGAAGCGGUGCUUUCCCGGGCCGCUGAGCUCCGCACUGUCUGUAAUAAAAACAUCCACGUGGCUCUGGCCACUCUGGUGCUGAACUAUGCAGGUGUGCUGCAUGGCCAAGAUGUUGAGAUCGAGGCCAAAGCCCAGUGCUUAUCAGUGGCUAGCAGUGCUCUGGAGGUAGUGCAGGACAAAGAGGCUGUGUUUAGGCUUCUAGUAGCACUUGGAACUACAGUGUCCGGAGACAGCACGGCCAAAGAUCUGGCACGCUCGCUAGGAGUUGCAUCGCAGAUCACAAAGUAUGCCAGCGUGUCUGACCCGGCUAAAGUGGGCGAGUGCUGUCGACUGCUGCUGGAUGAACUGCAGUGAUGUCACACGGAGCACAUAUCUGCCUGCAGCUGUUUUACAUGAUCUUCUUACGUUGCAGCUACUCAGCACUUAGUUUCUGUUUAACUGUUUCUGCUUCCUGGUGGUGAAUGACUGAAUGAAUGCAUGAUAUGAAUAAAACAAUGAUGUAUAGUAAUCCCUCCUAA